AUGACAACUGCCUCGGCAGAUAGCUCUGGUAGCUACACAAAGUGGCCAAUGGAAUUGAGCAGAAGUUACAGCAGCUCUGGUUUGGACUAUGCAGAAGAUACCUUUGAGUCCUUCAGCGAGGAGGAAGAAGCCUGCAGGCAGUGGGAAAGCAAACCAUCUGAAUCGUAUUGUUCCACAGAAGAUUUAGAGGGGUCUGCUGUGUCAGAUACGUUGGACAGCGUGUCGAGGUUAGCAGGCCAAAAUCAUGCAGAUGAACAUUCUGAAGUAGCGGAUUCUGCAGCUACGGAAGGAGGUGUCAUGGGAAAAUGGAUUGAUCUAAAAAACAAAGAAGCUGGCAUUAAGCAAGACAAAUUUAUCAUCAAAACUCAUGCUGAAAUUACUGAAUUAUUAGAUGGAGAACUGGAUGCUUUCCGGGCUUUCUGCACCAUUAAGAUAAGUAAGAUGCGACAGCAGCUGAUCUCUAGGCAGGCAACUGGUGGCAAGUCAAGAAAGCUGCAGCACAGAUUCACAGGAAAGAAACGGGAGACAAAUGAUUUGAACUGCAUUGUUCCUGAUGAGCUGAUGAACAGAAUCCGCCUGAAAAAUAUCAGAGAGACUGUUAAACAGGUGACAGAAGCUCAAAUUCACGAAUCUUUGAUGUGCCCUGACUGUCAGAAGAAGGAAGCAGAGCUAGCCGAGAUUACCUUUCUCAGACAAAAGAAGAUUCUAAUGGAAAGUGCUUUAAUCCAAGAGAAACUGGAAGAACAGAUUUACUCCAGAGAUGUGCUUACACUUAUAGGAGAAGCACUCAGAAGCUUUCCCAAACCUUCAGAGGAUCCCAGGAACUUAUGGCAAAGGCUGAAAGGUCAGAAAAUUCAAAGGAAGAAGCAAGUUUGGUGGAUGUCUGAAAUCUUCAGCUUUCUUGGAAGGAUAAAGGCCAGACAUUAUAUCUGGCUUACAGAAAGAAGCACAUGGUGAAAUGGCACCUGCUGAAGCCUGAAGCAUGGAAUGACAGUCAUGAUCCAGGAAUGUCUCAUUAUUUGAUCAGCAGUAAUACAUAUUUUCCUCUCAUUGCUGCACCCUUGAAGAACACGGCUAAAUACAAGGCGCUUUAAGAGUUCGGGGGGGGGGGGGCAUUUUCAACAACGUUAAUGCUGCCAGCAAAUUGACAUUAUUGAGAUAUGAUUGCGGAAUUGUGGCAACAGAAAUGAAAGGCAGUAGAAGUGCUGCUCCUUUUGUUCCACCCAAAUGAUAGCAAUCACUGGACACAUUAAUGAUACCUUCAUUAAAACGUGCCAGUAGAAAAUCACUGUCUUUUUUUGGCAUGUGCAUUCCUAGAUCACUUUUUUUCAAUGUGACCGUAGGGGUUUGACACAAAUUACUGUGCUGCCAGCACAGCUGUCCUACAUUAUUUGUUGUUGCGUAAAGUUAGAAUUAAUGAUUUUAACCAAGUAUCAAGACAGGGGUUUUAGGAGUGUGCACUGCAGAGCUUCUGGCUCUCUAAUAAGACCCAUCUGUUAUAAACCAUAUACAGUGUGGCAUGAGUGCUGAACAAUGAGCAGCUUAACCACUUGUGUAAAGAAGAUCUUAAUGGGAUCAAACCUGCUUCAACAACUGGCUGAGGGCUUUGCGGCUUCGGCAUGGCACUAGCUAUAUCAGGGCAUGCUCCUCCAUCUCAGAAGAGGAUGGUAUUGGGCAAGGAGUUGAAGUUAGCGUUGUGAUGCAUCCGUCGUGGGGCAGAACAGUACUCACCGUCUUUGCGAUGCUGCCUGCGAGGAAAGGUGUAUCCUGGAUCCCUCAUUGGGAUGCUAGGAGCAUGUGGAAAGAAUAUGACUGAACCAGUAUAACUGGCACUCUUUAACUGGAAGCUGUGAGUGAAUCGGUAUGAUGGCAGCCAGUGGAUCCAUGAACCUAUCAGUCCAAUCUAGAAAACAGAACAUUUACUGUGUCACUUUACUCACUGAUUCCUUGAAAAGUAUUUUCCUUGCUCACUGAAAAGAAUAUUCUUGAGCUAUGGGAAAGUUUGGGAUCACAUCCGGAAUAAGCAGAGCAAAUAAGCAGAACUGAAAGCAACAGUUUCAAAGGAAGGAGAAUCACUCCCUGAACUGCUUUAGAUGUUAGCAACAGCAAGACCUGAACAAUGCAGACACAUCGAGAGAACUGCCCAGGACCUGAGCACGUGCCAUGGUUUAGCCCCAGCCAGCCCUAUGCAGCCCCCCACUCACUGCCCCCCGUGGGAUGGGGGAAAGAAUUGGAAGGGUUGAAGUAAGAAAACUCACGGGGUGAGAUGAAGGCCAUUUAAUAGAGAGGACACGCUUUCACAGUGAAACGACAAUCCUUAGGGAAACAAAUGGAAGACUGCAUGAUCUCAAGCGAAGUGAGAAGCCCACCAGUGAUAAAAGCUUCCUACGCAUUUGUCACUGCUGCAUUGCUAGCUGGCUGCAGGAUGGUUGAAGCAAGCAUCUGGACAAGACACUGGAGAAGAGCUGAGGUCAUAGCGUGAAUCAUUUCCUAGCAUGCAAACCGAAUGUGGCAAUUGCUUUCCACUCAUUUUUUCUAUUAUGGCGAACUGCUCUUACAGAAGAAGGCUGCAGGGAAUAUCAGAGCACAUAACACAUAAAGUGCAACCUAUCCUACGGAUUUCCACAAGUCUAGCAGGAGAGUUAACAGCUGCUCAAAUACUGAAAAGCCUGACUGUUUUCAAGCUGACAACUACUUAGGACCCAGAACAAUUUAUUUUCUUAAAUAAAGGGUUUUAUUGAGUCAAAAAAUUGAUGAGGUUUCUGGGAGUCUGGUCCUGGAGUGCCUGGGGAAUAAACGUGACAAACAACGUGUUUUCCAAGAGUGCCGUGAAGCCGUGGACCUCUACCGCUGGCUGCUCUGCACCACGCAGGCAACAUGGAUGUGCUGCCUCUGGGCAUAUUUACAUGACAGCCCCGUUGGCUUGCUUCCACCAUGAGUGCGUGGUGUGGUUUGGUGUGAGACAGACGAGGUACAAAGCUGGUGUAAAUCUCAUCUGGCCCAGGACUCCUGAGCAUCAUUUAAAAUGGCCAGUAGAUCACUUCAGCUCUUGCACACUUUGAACCCAUCUUGUGUGCUUGACAUGGUUUGUUGCCUCUGGAUAUAUUGCGGGACACAGCAAGCUGGUACCUGCAACUGAAAACGUUUCUGCUUGGUGCAUGCUGACACAUGCAACGCGGCGCGUCUGCCUGUUUACGCAGAGGAGGCGAGCAGAGAGCGGGGCAGGAAGAACAGUGGCUGUUCAGAGAGGAGGAGUGUGUGGAACUGUCUUCUGGAUCCGCAGAGUUAAUGGCACGUUUUCUGUCCCUUUGGAGAAGGCUGGAUUUUAUGUUGGUGUGCCCCGGUCCCUGGCCAGGCAGCACCGUGGACAAGUAAGAAAGCAAAACGGGAAAAAUCGGAGAGGAACUCCCUCUAACUGUGACACCGCAUAGAAAAGUCUGCAGGCUGUCUAUUUCACAACAGGUUUGCUUUAAAACUUGAUAUUUCAUCCAUCUUAUCCAUAUAGUUCCUGCAGGUAACAGUCAGGAGUUACGCAUUCGUAUGUCAUGAAAACCACUUGAUAGUUCUGUGGCAUACUUUUUUUUAUUGCUAGGUGUGGGGGACUAUUUGUGGCUCUGAGGUUUGGCACUGUCAACAGGGAAACUAAGGCACAACAGAUUAUGGGUGUACAAGACAGACAGAGUGUGUAAGGCUUCCCUAGGUGGAUUUGGGCAAAACAUGAUGCUGCGUGAAGGGAGAACAGAAGGAAGGUGGCAGAGCAUGGAGGUGGGAAAAACUGCAGAACAGCAGGAACAGAGACUGGGAGGGACUAGUAGAUUUGUAGAGGCAACAGAAGAGAGGCAGAGGAAGAGCAGAAGCCAAGUGCCUAUGGAAGCAAAUGAAAUACUGGGUAUGAUAAAAGCCAGAAGAGCCUGGCAGGGCUAGAUCAGCACUAGGAGGAAGGAGUUAACAGCACCUGCUGCAGCACUUACUCUGCUGUUGGCCUCUCAUACACCACUGGUACCACUGCUUUGUCCAUGUCAGUCUUCAAAAUAUGCAGAGAAAAUUCCAGUUCAGCCUCCAGUGAUUUACUGUGUUUCUGUGUCUUUUCUUCUGGCUCUGAAUUCUCCAGGGGGCCCAAAGGGCAGCAAAGGGCUUAAACAACAACUUUUUUUUCUUUUUUAAACUUUCUCCAUCGAAAUACAUGGUCUUUUCCAGCAUUAGUCUGAAGCCUCAUUUAGUAGAGGAAACUUUGCAUUUAAUCCACAGACCUAUUAGGGAAACAGCACAGCAGGAAACUAGUUAGACUGGUGAGUAGAAAAUAGACUUCCUAAUAAACCUCUUGUUCUCAUUACAGUCCCAAGAUGCUGAACAUUUUUUGUUUUAAUAAACAGAAGCUGGUGAAUUUGGAUGACACUUUUUUCUUUUCCCUUAGAUUAAUACCUUGCCGUCUGGUUCAAAGGCAAGAAAACGAGAAGCUGAGAAAUACCAGCUUGGCGAUAUCUCUCUCAGAGCUGCCACAAAAGGGCUGAAGUGCAAAGAGUGAUACACCUAAGAAAAUUGCAUGGAGCUUUUUCUUAGAUGCAAUAUCAAGGCAAAGAGGUAAAAAAAAAUAUUUUUAAAUGUUUAUUUCAUCUGGGCACUGGCGUGAACUGGUAUCUGUGGGAGCAAGAGGAGCUUGGGGGUAGGAGCAGUUAGUGUUAUUAAAGCCCUGACAAGCAUCUAUUUGUGAAGGUUUGGAAUUCCUCCAGAUGUUUCUCCCCCCCUCCCCACCACGGACGUGGUAAAGUCUGUGUCCAGUUUGGGUUUGGAACUUGGAUAUCCUGAUCCCCAGAUCUCAGCUUACGCCAUUUCUUUUCAUUCUUCUUCCCCAGCAUAUCUUGGAUGUAGCUACAAUAAGUGAAAAAACCCUUCACACAGGUUCAAAGGGCAGUGCUUAUAUGAGGCUACUGAAUGUGUAAGUCGUCUGUCAGACCUGUGUCGGGGCUCUGAGGGCACUAGUACCCCUAAGGGCCCUAAGCAGUCUUGCCUGGGACCCCCAUGGUGAGGAGUCCUGGUCCUGCUCAGCCUGGGGCACUGAGCCCUUGCCCGAGCCACGCUGCCGUGUGCAGGUCCCAGCCCUGUUCCUGAAUUCCUGUCUGCAUUUCCUGGAUUGACCUUGGACCUGGCUGGUUUUUCUACCUACCUACCAAAAUGCUAAACACGGAUAGUUUAUUGGACUAAGUUAAACAGUGGUUUUGCAAAAGAAAGGUGUUUCUCUGCUCAGUGCACACCUUGGCAGGGUCCUUUGGGCAGUAGGGGUGCUAACAUCGAGAAUAAUGCUUGGCUGGAAAGAUCUUCUGGAUCGGGUGAGCUGCCGUUAGGGAAAUCAAUAGCUUUGGAGCCUUCGUGACUAUAUAUGUCAGUGUUGGUAAGUGUCUCAAGAUUGUUUCUUAUUGUUCCGUAUUUUUUGUUUUAACAUGCAAACCCAUCUCUGCGUUGUAGCUAGGUUUCGGGAUCACAUCAAAGAACAUAAGUGGGUUAAGUUUCAUUUUCACCAGAAAGAAGGAACUCAUAAGCUUGUAUCUGUGUAAAAAAAGAAAUUAAUCUAUUUUGGAAGUGGCAGGAUAGUUUCAGACACAGAACAAUAACAUAAACGCUGCCAGUCCGCUGGCAUGUGGGACAGCAGUACCUACCAUCAGACCCAGGGGGGUGUAGAAGGCACACGUGGAUGUUGCCUAUAUUCCCUGAAACAGGAUCUUAGGAAAACUCAUUGGUUUCUUUUGAUUCUAAUCAGUAUUUGUCUAUUAGUCUUAGUCAUAAUAUUACUGAUUUUAAUAGCAAUCACAGUCUGUCAGUUCUCACAUAAACCAUCGCAGAUUUUUAUUAAUCUCAUGUUAUAACCUGGAUACUUCAUAAACACCCUACCAAAGGAUGUCUUGCUUUCUUAAUGAGAGACCUUACAUUAGAUAACUGAAAAUCAGAUCCAGUGUAAGGACAAAGACCUUGCAAGCUUUUUAAGCACUUCUAAGGGUAAAUCUUGUUUCUUCUGGAAUUGAUGGGUGUAAUUUUCUUUUGAUUUCAGAGUUCUAAAAAGGAAUUUCGUAUUUUCCUGUUCCAUUCACAGAAUUAAAAGAGGGACUAGCACUGGCGAAAAUGUAGCCCUGCUGCCGGCUCGAUGAAUUUGCUGGCCAGUUUUGCAUGUUCAUGUAAACAGUGGGACUGGCAGGCAGCACCAGAAGCUACGUGCAGGGUGUGAGAUCCUACGGUUCUGUUUACUUCAGAGAGUUUUGGCUGUAGGAAGAUGGAAAUAGCCGCAGGGGGUUGUAGCAAGAGCCACAUCUCAUCCUUCCUCCAGUCUCAAAGAGCAGCCACCUACCUUUUAAAUACUCUUGAGGAGAGCGGUUACAGAGGUACCUGUCUAAAGAGAGAGCUCACAGUUGUGGGUGAAUGUCUGACACGGACCACAUUUACGCCUAUCUUUUAUCCUGUUCGUAUAACUAUAGUGUUCUCUCUGAGGCAAACUGUCAGUCACUUGUCAUCGCUCCAGUGGCUUCAGUGGAGCUGUGACAAUUAAUCCCUCUGAGAGGCUGCUCUGCUCUUUCUGCACCAGGCUGUUUCUGAAACCCGCUCACCUUUCUAGCUCUUGUUCCGUUUGCAGUCCGUGAAGGCACAGGGCUAUCAUCCCCUGACCUCAUGUGCCAAGAUUCAGACAGCUUGAUUGAGGCACUUGAUUUAGGCAUCAAGAACUGUCUUAUGAAGGGAUUUCCUCUCCAGUCUGCGGACAGAAUUGGUUACAGCCACUGAGGGAUCCAGGGCAUCGAAGGGAGGCACCGUCCUCUCCCUGCUGGCUGCAGAGGGGCCCUAAGCGGCCUCAGAAGGUAAUUCUGGAGUUGUUGCUUUAGUUUUGUUCACCAGCUUGAGACGGGCUGUGUAGCCCAUCAGCAGUGUGUCAGCACGUCCUUGUGUGCCUCACGCAGGGCUGCACACCAGGGGUCUGCCCCUGCACAGGACAAGGGGUGACCUUGGCUAUAAAGUCCUUUCCAAUACAGGGCUGCACAGAGCAUCAGUUUUCUGAGCCCUCUGUGGGACUUAACUGCAUCAAAUACAAACCUGAGGGGUAUUUAGGUGGCCUUAAUCACAUCCUAAAACCAUUAGGAGGAGUUUUUCAACUUCUUGAAACCCUGAUAAGGUAGACCUUGCCCUGUCUGUAACAGACAGUUUUGUCAAUAUGUUCAAAUUAGGUGGCUAAUAUUGCCUUAGGGUAAAAUGAUGUAUGAAAUUCCCCCAUCAUCUGAUACCAGCAAGGAGUCUGUAACUUCUUUCUUGUUCAUUUUCAUCCAGUUCAUGUGCCUGAGUUGCAACUUGAUUUAUUUUCUUCAGGGUUAGGGCUUCCUUAAGGCCACCUUCUUCUUGCCAUCUUUCCACUAAAACCAGUUGGUUUGCUGGAGAACAGCAAUGAGAUCACCCAAUUUGUAACUCUUUUCAGAAGCCUUAUACAUUCUGUGAGGUUGGUUACUCUGUGUUUAUUUUCAUUGCCAAUUUGAUUAUCUUGGUCUUUCAUACUUCUCUUUCCUUACUGGAAGUUACAGCUCUGAAGUUCGUAUCUCCACAAUAUGAGCUCUGAGACAAAUAAAUCAGUUGGCUUCUUUGCAGUGUCUCUGCUUGGAUUAGUUGCUCUCUGUCCUUCACACAAGGACUUGUAGCAUCAGGCCCAGAUUAGCUUUUCUUGAUUGCAUCAUCUGUCUUGUAAAAGACAUCCGCUUCUUUUUCUUGCUGCUCUCAGCAUGCUACAUAUAAACUGGUGUUCAUGAAGAUGGCUGUGAGAGUCAAUCCUUAGGAGAAUUUUCUCUUGAACAGUGUAAGCAGCCCAGAAUUCCUUUUGAAGCCCAAGGAUGCGACUGUUUAGGUUAGAGAAUGUGAAACUCUCGAGAGAAAAUUAGCACUCUUUUAUACUAUUCAAAGUAACUUAAUCACUGGUGAUUAAUAAUAAGCCGUGCUAUUUGUUGGACAGGUUCUGUCUUUGAGGGCAUGGGAAUGAAGACUUUGGCAACAGAAAGACAAGAGACAACUACAUUUAUAUAAUUCAGGGAAGAGGUUUCUCUGAGGAGACAUAACCAGAGGCUCUAACUGUCUUCAAGGUUUUAUGCAGGUCAGCUGAAUUUGAUAGGAACUCAUGUUUUACUGUUUAGCAACAAAGGCAGAGAAGAAGCAGAGAUACCCCUCAGUCCAUGGCGGACACAGUCACACACACUUUACCAUUAUUAUCUGGUCAUGGUGGAGAAACAGAAUGAAAAUAAGUGGAAAGAGAUAAAAUAAAUAUGUUCCAAACCCAUUUUUUGGAGAAUUUCACCAGAACUGCUAGAUUUGAGAUCCCAGCGCAAGGUGGCUGUGGGGCAAAUUACAGCCUGGUCACUCUUAGGUGAGUAAAGCACUGAGGUAGGAGAGGUCUGUUCUCACCCCGUUAAGGUUUAACUCUGUGUUCCCUUCUUGCAGUGCCAUGGAAACAGCAAAAUUGCAGUAAUUCCUUUUGGCUGGGUCUUUUGAGUCCCGCCAGUGAUUGUAAACCUUCAGAGUUCACGCCUGUUGAUAAAGAGUUUCAGAAGAAUGCAGGAGACUGGUAAAUCCGUUAGUGCACGAUGUUAGGGAGCAGGAGAGACCUUCAUGUCACAGUACAAGUUAAAGGUCACGUACUUGGAGGGGCAGCAUCCCCACCGCACCACGGCCGCGGUGGCUGGGGGCACUGCUUUCUGCGCCCCUUCCUCUCCGACUGCCUCUUCCUUUCAAACCCAGCACCUUCCCAGGGAGGGCUAAAAGGAGGCAGAUGCGUGCAUUUUGUUACUGCUGGUGGUUUGAGAACACACCUUUGGUCAUUGCUAGCCAGCUUUCAGGCUGUUAAAGAGAAAACUCUGAAGUACCGGCCAUCGGGUCAGUACUGUCCUACUAGUAAAGAAGAAAAAGCUGUGCAGUUUCUAGAAAUGACACAGCCAGUUUAUUUUGUAUGUUUUUCAGACAUUUUGUGAGCCACAUAGCAAGGGUUGGGCAAGUCCCACUGAAUCUCAGUAUUAAGGAUAAGAGAAUAAUGUAAACACAAAUUCCUUGACAAAGGCUAGCCGCCAGAUUCUGCUGUCUGCUUCACUGGAGUAAAACGUAGGGACUUCAGUGAAAUCAGCAGACUUACUCUACUUUUACACUCAGUUAACAGAAUUUGGCCCGAAGAGACUGAAAGAACUGAUGUAUCACUUUUAUUUAGUUGAAUAUAACUGUUAGGCUCUGUUCAGGAGAAUAUUUUAAUCGGGCCCCAUAUAAUGCUGCCUGUACUUUAUGACUAAUUUCUACAGCAAUACUAAUUUGAUUCUGUAGCAAUAUAUUGACUAAGAAGGAAUUAAAUUGCUUGCCAGGAUAAUGGGGUGAAGAGAGAACUUAGUAGGAGGGUUAAGUAUGGCAGAUUUCAUUGAUCACAAGAAUACUAACUAUAAUACAAUAUAACAAAGUUCCUAUAAGAACAGUAAGUAAGGAGUUUAAUAUAUCACUAGCAGGUAUGAGCUACUUAAUCUGCUGCAAGACAUUGUGCUUUUGUCUGCUUGGAAGUCAGGCUCCAUCUCGCCCGACAUAAAAAUUGUUUGAGAGCCUCGAGCCAUUAGCUCAUAAAGAACACAGGAAAUAAUGUUGUUAUUGUAGUACUUCUGCUAAUUUCAUCUCCAUAUCAUUGCCAUGCUAAAUCAGAAAAAAACCCAACGUUAAAAGAUGUAAAUUGUUCUUAAAAUCAAGGGGGAGAGUGUUUGUGCAGUUUUAUUGUUGGGUUUCUUAUAACAUUAUGGAUGAUGUUGGUAAACUCAUAUUAAGUGGAAAGUGGUUUUACUUCUUCCCCUGCAGGUUUUACAAUUAUUAAAAUACAGAGGUUAUAAUGUAAUUUAUUUAAAUCUGUUCUGAGGAGUGUAGAAUAAAAUAUUAAAAAUUACUCAGACCUGCUGAGUUUUUGAGGAUCCUUUCAAAAAGAUUUCUAAGUGUCUGAAUGAAUCCAGGAAGAUUAAGUAUCAGAAAUACACUGCUUAAAUAAUGAGCUUGUAAUUGCAGCUUUUAUGUACUAGGAACAGGCAUUUUUGUCAUUUGCUCUUCUUAGCCGAGAUGGAAGCUGCCUCCCCUUAAUUCACAUUUACUCUACCAUGGAAGAUAGUUUAUACAGAGCACUGAGGCUCCGCUUGCUUAAACGGUGAGGCUGUAACAGCAAACUGGAUCAACAAACAUUUGUUUGCAAUUCAUUAGUGUAAUUCUUAUUUCAGAUGCCUAAUAUGUCAGAUAGGAGACCAAGAUCAAAAUUUAUUGCUGGUGUAAGCAGAUGUAAAUCCACUGGUCUGAAAAGGUUAAAAGAUCACUGGAAACCAUCCCAGUACAAUCUUGGAAUAACAGAACUCCUUUUGCAUCGCACAUUUCUUUGAAACCCAGCCCUCCUUCUCAAACCCCCCCCCCAAAAAGCAGAUGUCGUGCAAGCCUUCCAAAGAGCCACGUUCUUGGACCUGGGUCAGGAAAGGAUUUGAGGAUGAUGAAGAAAAAAUAAUGGAGCUUCCCUUUGUCCGUCCAGCUGCUCCCUUUGUGGAGCAGAGCCAGCACAGCUCAUCCUCCCUGGGGUGCUGGGGGCUCGUGCGGCACCUUUCACCCCCUGGUUGCAAAGCGUUUAAGCUGCAGUGACAGCACAAAGCGUGCCUGUAAGAUGGUGGCACCUCUGCACAAUCUUUUCCCGUACAGGGUGUUGUAGUUUAACUCCCACCAGCAACUCGCCCCCCGCCAGCCGCUUGCUCACUGCCCCCAGUGGGAUGGGGGAGGGAAUCGGAAGGGUAAAAGUGAGAAAGUGUCUCAUCCUGGGGUGAGAUAAAGGCAGUUUAACAGGUAAAGCAAAAGUAAAGCAGAACAGGGAAUUCAUUCACCGCGUCCCAUGGGCAGGUCUCAGCCCCCCCAGGAGAGCAGGGCUGCAUCUGCGCAACCGGGAAUUGGGAAGACAAACGCCAUCGCUCCGAACGUCCCCCCCUCCUCCUUCUUCCCCCAGCUUUUUAUUGCUGAGCAUGACGUUCUGUGGCAUGGCCAGCUCGGGCCAGCUGUCCCGGCUGUGUCCCCUCCCGUUCCCUGUGCCCCCAGCCCUCUCACUGGCAGGGCCUGUGAAACUGCAAAGCCCUUGGCUCUUAUAAACAUUACCAACAACAGCUAAACCCAUCAGUUAUCAGCAUUAUUCUCACAGGGAAUCCAGAACACAGCACCGCAGCAGCUACUAAGACAAAAAUCAACUAUCGCAGCCAAAACCCGGACAGAGGGGAAAGAGCAGAGAGGACCGAAAGAUGAGAUUUCUGCACGAUCGCGUGUAUUUGGUGCUGCACGGGGCUAUUCCCCUGCCUGGAACUCGACCUUGGUCCCUGUUUCAGCAUUGCCCAGGUCCUGCCACGGUAACAGCAGCUAAAAUUUCUGCAUCAGGUUAUAGAACAACUGAAGAAAAGGGCAGUGUGGUCACAGCUGCUGCCAAAACAUGAAACAGAAUUCAUGGGUGUCCGUCACCCACCCAAUAAAGAAGAUGGAACAGCCUAUCCACAGCAAACCUGGCAAGUACGCUAGAUCUCCGCUCCAUCACAAGCGUUUGAUUGAAGAUGUGCAUUCAGGUGUCUCCUCCCGUGUGCGAAACACAGGACUGGCCCCCUGGAGAAAAGUAAUAUUGCAGUGUACUGUAUUUCACAAGCGGUGAUAUAUUCAAUAAGAACAUAAGAAUUCACGCUGUGGAAAUGGGCCUUGCAAUCAGCGUGCCCGUGAGCCACCUCCUGGACGUGCCAGGCGAUGCUGGGAAGGCCCUUCUGGGAGAACGUGAAGACAGCACCUUUGACUAUGGCCACUGAAGUCCCUGCAGCCCAAGGACGAGCGCAAAUACCUGCUUGCCUGCGUGUCACCUAGUGACACUCGCAUAGUCUACAAACAACCAGACUUGAGUGCAAGUGUGCAAGAAGCCUGCAUUACUGAUGUAAGCCCAUAGUGCCAGGGCAGCAUGUAAAGACUAAAUCUUGUAUUACCUCAUUUUGCUGUCUCUGUCUUAACAUAAAAGCAUUUAAAGCAGGUGAAAACAUUCAGUGUACUAAGAAAAACCUGCAGUGAGGGCAGUAUGGUAGGCAGACCCCUGGGAAGAGAGCACCUUGUCACUUGCUUGUGUGCUUAGUACAAGUUUUAUCAGAGAAGUGAAUCACAGGCUGCUUUUUUACCCUGCGGAGCAGGAAGUUCUCACUUUUAGAUGAAACAUUUUGUCUUAAAAGUUUUGGCAGCUCGGUUUGAAGAAGGUGGGUACUGAUGAACAGUGACACUUCUCUGGAGUCACUGUGUGAUCUGUUUAAGUGCAAUAGCUGCAGUAAUCAAGCCGACUAAACAAUACAUAGAUGAUUAAGCUAUUUUAGUCUUUUUCUAAUGAUAACGGCACUUGGGCUGUGAUCACAAUUAGAAAAGUCCAGAUACCUUUGGAACUGAGCAAGUCUUCCUAGCUUGUUUCCUGUAUUGCUGCAAAAGAUGAUCACAGUACUGGUAUCUGUGGUUUCGUCUCUGUGCAAACGCCCCUUACUGCUUAACAGGGCAGUCUGUCAAAGAAAUAGUGUAGCUCGAUCUCUUUUGGUGAUUUACUGUGUAAAUUGUUUUACAGUCGUAAAAGCAAGAGGUUGAAUGUCCAAAGAAGUAUGAUUUCUUGUUCUGUGGUUGCAAAUUGUCUCGUGAAGUAGUGUUGUUACUGCUGUACAGUCCCUGAGCUACAAUUUUUAUAGCUUUAGAGCCUUUUGGAAUGUUCAAGUGAAAAUUUUGCCAAUAAAGCUUCUAGCAUUAACAACUUGA